UCUUCAGGGGGAGAGCUCAUCCUGCCCAUCCUGACAGAGGACGCGCUCGAGGUCCCUUCGACGGUCUCCCGCUCCCCGUACCCGGUGGUGGCGCCGGCGCCGACUUACCGGCCGUUCGUCCGCCUCCUGGAGUCCACCGAGGGCUCGCCGAGCCUGGGCUCCAAGAUGGCGCCGGCGGCUCGCCCUCCUUCUCCCCCUCCCCGCUCUCCCCAGUGCCCGGAUGAUUGCGUCACCGACCAGUGCCCGGAUGAUUGCGUCACCGACCGGGACAACAACAACGACGACGACGACGAUGAAGGAGAUGAACAAAAUGGCGGCGCGGCGCCAUCUUCCUCCUCCUCCUCAGGUUACGGCUCGGGCGAGAUCUUCGACUCCAGCUUCCCGCCGAGCGACGACGAGGAUUUUUACGGCGCCCCUUCCCAGCCGCUGGUCACGGACCGCACCGCCUGGGGAGACCGGGGACUCUCAAAGCCCAGGCCGGGGGUGGAAGAUGGCGGCGCCGCCUCCUCCUCCUCCUCCUCCUCCUCUUCCUCCCCUUCCAGGCCGCCUCCCGACAUCACCUUACUGGUCACCGACGGCGUCCGCAAGCUGCCGGCGGCCAAGCUCGACCCUCGGCCGCCUCCCGCUCAGCCGACGGUUGUGUUGGCGGGCGGUGGCGGGGAGAGGAGGACUCGGGCCCGCCAUCACCCUCCGCCUCCCUCCUCCUCCUCGGUAUUAACCUCUCGCCCCGUCCCCACUGCAGGAGUGGAGCCUCCGACCACGGGAGGAGGCGGAGCGGCGGCGGCGGGCGGCAGGCCGGGCCAGGUCGAGGUGGUGGUGCGGGAGUCGGGCAGCACCACGGGCAUGGUGGUGGGCAUCGUGGCGGCGGCGGCCCUCUGCAUCCUCAUCCUGCUCUACGCCAUGUACAAGUACCGCAACCGCGACGAGGCGUCCUACCGGGUGGACCAGGGCCGCAACUACAUCAGCAGCGGCCUGGGCGGCGGAGGAGGGGGAGGGCCGGCCUCGGCCCACAGCAACGGCGCCGCCCUCAAGGACAAGCUGCCGCCGCCGGCCGCUGCCUCCUCCUCCUCCUCCUCGGCGGCGGCCAACAACCUCAUCCCGUCCUCCUCCUCCCCCGGGGCUGGCACCGUCACCGCUAAGGCCAUGAGCAAGGGCAGAAAGAACAAGGACAAGGAGUACUAUGUGUGAGGGACAGGCAGAGAGGGACAGAGGGGG